AUCUGCCGCGACUUCCAGCGCGGCAUGUGCAACCGCGGCGACAACUGCCGCUACUCGCACGACGGGAACGCCCCGGCGGGCCCGCCGCGCGGCGGCGGCGGCUUCGGCUCGAACGCCUGCUACGAGUGCGGCGAGAUCGGCCACUUUGGUCGAGAGUGCCCCGUGCGGCUCCGCAACGGCGGCGUCCGCGGGCCGACGGUCUUCGGCCCGCGCGGCGGCGGCGGCGGCGGCGGCGGCUACCAGGGCCCGGGCCCGUCCUACGGCGGCUACGGCGGCGGUGGCGGCGGCGGCCGCGACCAGAAGCGGUCGCGCUCGCGGUCCCGCUCCCGCUCGCGCAGCCGCUCCCGUUCGCGAGGGCGCCGCCGCGACCGCUCCGCAUCUUCUAGAUCGUCCUCACGCUCGCGCUCGAAGUCGCGCUCGAAGUCGCGCAGCAAGUCGCGCAGCAAGUCGAAGUCUCCCGAGCCGGCGGCAGACAAGAAGGAGGACGAGAAGCCCUACGAGCCCGAGGAGGCCGCCGCCGCCGAGCCUGAGCCGGCCGCCGCGCCGGCUGAGGCCGCGGACGAGGCCAAGAAGACCUGGACGGCCGACGAGAUCGGGAAAAUGACGGUCGCGAAGCUCAAGGAGGCGCUCACCACGCUCGGCCUCGACACGAGCGGCCUCAAGGCCGCGCUCAAGGACCGCCUCACCGACGCCAUGGGCCUCUAGAGGCUCGAUCAUCCCCCUUCCCUUCCCCGUGUGCGCGCCUGCGACAGUAACGUUGUCACACGACGCCGGCCGGCCGGCCGCCGAGCAUUCUUCGGCCGGGCGCUAACUAACGAGGGGGUCGACAGAGCUAUAUGAUAACACUAUCGAGGUCAGGCGUGCGGUCUAGGCGUG